AUGGUGAAAUCAACCGAGAUUCGUUCUUACCCAGUAAUACAGGAAUUAUCCAAAGCACUUGCUGAUUAUGUUGCUGAAUUGUCACGCGAGGCAGUGUCCGUGAGGAACAGGUUCACGGUUGGAUUAUCAGGUGGAUCUUUACCAAGGAUACUAGCGGCGGAGUUGAAAAAUAGACAAGAUAUCGAUUGGGAUAAGUGGAUAGUCUUUUUCUGUGACGAAAGGCUCGUCUCGUUAGCUUCCGAAGAUUCUAAUUACAAGUUGGCAAAAGAAGAACUCUUCGAUCAUGUCCCCAUACCAGAGGCUAACAUUUAUACAGUCGAUGAAUCGCUGAUUGCCAACGCCGAAGAAGCCGCUAACGACUAUCAAGACAAAUUAAUCUCGGUAUUUGCUGCAAUGAACACUGCCAAAUUUCCCGUCUUUGAUCUUUUGUUACUUGGAAUGGGCCCGGACGGACACACGUGUUCAUUGUUUCCAGAUGAAAAGUAUGCUGAAGUUUUGAACGAACCGGUAGCGUGGGUGACGUUUGUUGAGGACUCACCCAAGCCACCGCCAAGAAGAAUUACAUUUCCAUUAACAGUGCUUAAUCACGCGCAUAACGUUGCGUUUGUUGUGACGGGAGAGGGGAAAAAGAAUGUGUUGCAUAAGGUGAUCGACCUGCACGAUACCACUUAUCCAGCUGCGUUGGUUAAGCCAGUUAAUGGAAAGUUGAUUUGGUUCUUGGAUGAUGCUGCCAGUGCUAGUCUAGAUGGUUUAAAAAAGUAA